AUUGAAGGGAAACUUCUUUUGGGAAGUGCGGGGACUACUUUAGGCCAACUUUGGAAACAAACACUCAUAAUAUACGACAUACGGCCACAAGGGAACACAGUUUAGUACAAUAUACGUUACUCUGCGCCGACGGACGAUAAAUUGCAUGCGGGUUGUGCUUGUUUUAUCGCUAGAGUGUUGUGUUUUUACUACGUCGCGGAAGGAUCUAAUUUUCUCAAGCGAGGGUCGACACAUCCGCCCAGUUUUCCGAUGUUACAUUCCCCCCCGAGUUGAAAAUGGAGUUCGAUUAAAGCAGAUGUCCAGCAACUUCUCAAGGAAAAUUUUGAGUGUAUAUGCUUUUACAUUACGCGUCAGUGUUAAUAUAGAAAACAGUGGAGCCGUUUUUCGGCUUUGGAUGCCUUUACUGCAAAUUACUCGGACACGUUGACGGAGCAGCGCUCCACAGUGCUUUUUCAAGUGUUGUCCUGGACCUGAAGUUCGCGAAUGGAUGCUCGACAGCCAACCAUAAAUAACCUGCCAAACGUUUCAGUCUGCAACUAUUCUUACAUUUUUUGAGGAUCUAUUUUCAUUUUGCAAAACUGGGACCCGUGUUUGUUGAAGAAGAUGAUGCCGAUGGCCCAUUUGUUGUGGUCGGAUUUUACUUCCAGGGAGGAUAAAAUGAAUCAACGAUUGUCAUUCCUCCUCGCGAUUUAACGUUAGUUCCAGCCAGCAAAGCUAACGUUAAGCUAGCUCUACUUUGGUCUCGGAGGGACGCUUAGUUAGGCUUGUACACCGUUUACUCAAUAUCCGAAAUAGGGGUAAUUUGUAUAUGUGAAGGAAAAUGGUGAUAUUUGUGGUAUUUUAUCCCGCCGUCACUGCGUCGUCGAUGCUAUUGCUAGGAUUUGGAUACCCGUGAGGAAAAAAAUGAGUGAAGAUUCAACAAAUCCAAACAACGAUGACAGUUAUGCGCGCGUGAGAGCAGUGGUCUUGACUCGGGAUGACUCCGGGUGGCUUCCCCUGGGAGGCGGAGGCCUUAGCUGUGUCACCGUCUAUAAGGUCAGCCGGGCGGAGGACAGCAGCAGCACCCACAGUGGAGGCAGUGGAGGAAGCAGCAGCAACCUCAGCCCCUGCAGCCACAGUCCUAGUCCCAGUCCUAGCCCCAGCCCCAGCCCCAGCCCCACCGCUGUGGAGUUCCACAUCAAGGGCGAGAGGCUCAAAGACAAAUUGGUGGUGCUGGAGUGCGUCUUACAAAAGGACGUGGUAUACAACAAGGUCACCCCCAUUUUUCAUCACUGGAGGAUCAACGACAAGAAGUUUGGACUCACUUUCCAGAGCCCCGCUGAUGCCCGUGCCUUUGAUCGGGGUAUACGUCGGGCCAUUGAGGACAUCAGCCAAGGUUGUCGGUCAUGUGGGGAAGGAGAUUCUCCAGAGGAUGGAAUACCGGUGUGUGAUGAGCCUCCCUCUAUCUGUACGCCAAUGAAAGAGCCCUUCUCUCCCCUCAACAACGUUGUCUCCACCGAGCCAUUCAGGGGCUGCUAUGUCCGCCCCCAACCGUUCGACGAAUUCCCCUCAAACAACCGCCGCUACGUGCCCCCACAGGUCUCCUUCAAGUCGACUCGUCAUGUCAGUUUUCACAUGGACGAUGAGGAGAUUGUUCGCAUCAACCCACGCAAAGAUGUGUUCAUCCGAGGCUAUGAGGACUACCGCCACCCUGUCAUGUGGAAACAGGAGCCUGACCGUGAGGACCUGGACUUCCCCCCUGCCUUCCAUAAACUGGACAGUAAGAAGUGCGAGUACUUCUACCCCGAUGGCCCCGGUGGAGACUCCCACUCUGGCCCAGGUAUGGGCAUUGGACCAAGUAUGGGGCUGGGACUUGGCAAGGACACAGCCGUCAAGACUCAACCCUCACCCCUGCUGAAGUCCAAGAAGUCCCGGCGGCGGCGAGAGGAUGGCGAGCGUUCGCGCUGCAUCUACUGUCGGGAGAUGUUCAACCACGAAGACAACUGGCGGGGGCAGUGUCAAGACGCCCCCGACCCGAUCAAGCAGUGCAUCUACAAAGUCAGCUGCAUGCUGUGCGCUGAGAGCAUGCUAUACCACUGCAUGUCCGACUCCGAGGGUGACUUCUCAGACCCCUGCUCAUGUGACACAUCUGACGAGCAGUUCUGUCUGCGCUGGCUGGCCCUGGUGGCGCUCUCCUUCAUCGCGCCCUGCAUGUGCUGCUACCUGCCUCUGCGCGCCUGCCACCACUGUGGCGAGGCCUGCCGCUGCUGUGGGGGCAAGCACAAGGCCGCAGGGUGACCCGAAAACGGACUCUGGGACACCCUCAAAGCUAGCUAACACAGGAAGUGGAUAAAAGCGGAAAAUUAAAAGCCGGCAUCCUUUUUUCAUUCCCUCUCAGACGGGGUGAUAUGUUGUUGAUCCCCAGCUCUGAGGGCUUUUGGAGAUUUCAGUUUGUGUUUGUCGCCGACAAGCAGCAGUGGAGGACAAACCAUAUGCUUUGUGGGGGCUCUGAGCUUGAUGCUACGUUCAAGAGCUUAACCUGAGGAGAAGAGGAGGAGGAGGUGUCGAGAUUAAUAGACUUGGAGAUGUUACUAAACACACCUGUACACACACAAACACACCUCUCUCUCUCUCUCUCUCUCUCUCUCUCUCUCUCCUCUCUCUCUCUCUCUCUCUCUCUCUCUCUCUCUCUCUAUCUCUCUCACACACACACACAGUCACACUCAUGCAUUGACAAAGUCAGGCCACAAAUGUCAGAACUCUACUACAAGUAAUGUGUAACUUUAUGAAGGAAAAUGGUGUUUUGUACAGAGAGCGACAACUUGAUGACAAAAAAGAAAACACAACUAUUCUGCGUUCAGAAAAAAUACUUGCUAUUUGAGUAUGCUAAAAGGGAUAUGUUCUUGCUUUUUGUGAAUUUGCAGUUGGGUAACAGUUGCCUUUCCUUCAUGGUUUAAGCAUUUGCUGACAAUGUAAUUACUAGACAGAGAAAAGUGCACUAGAAAUGGUAUUUUCCCCCCUCGAGUGAAGGUAACCCGAAUUCUUGUGGUACAUUAACCACCAUAUUUAAUGUAAUUUUAACAUUUGAGAGAUGUGGCUGUGGUGGAUGUGUGCCCAAUUCCUUGUUUUCCUUUCCAUUGAAUGUUGAAAAAAAAAAAAAAAAAUCCCAAAAUUACAGAUUGUUUUUGAAGACAGUUUGAGUUUGGUAUAGUUUUUGACAUUCAGUUGGAAGAUGCUAAAUUGAAAUUACUUUUUUGAGGUGAUUUAGACCGAUUGAUUGCAUUCCAAAAUAAAGGGAUUGAUCCUUUGAUUAGAAGGGAAAAUGGUAACAACUUUACCAUAUUGAGUUCCCCAGCAUAGUUUUUUCCACAUCAUGAAAAUAGCAUUAGGACCUCUUGAACCAUUGAAAUUGAAACCAAUGCAUGACAAUUUCAUUCACUUCAGUGAAUUUCAGUUUUAGUCCAGUUAUUUACUGCUGUAGUGAAAUUGUUUGGUGUUUUUGUUUCUUCAUUGUUAUUUUCCUGCUCAUUUUCUAAUUAUUUUUGAAGCAAAGGCUGAAAUGUUGCUCAACCAGCAAGUUUUGUUUUGGUGAGUAAAGGGGUGACGGUGCCCCUUGGUUAAAUGACGAGGCACUUAAAUUAGGCUAUUCUUUCAAUUGAGAAUCCCUCUGAAUUUUUUUUUUUUAACUUAAUUUAGACACGUAAUUUAACAUCCAAUCUGUCAUGGGGGAAAACCCUCCGGAAAGCACUGCUCUCCAAGCUUUGGUUGCAGCACCCUCUCCAAAUUUUCAUGUUUGUCUUUUGAAAUAUCGGUUUUCUUUUUGUCUAAUUUAUCCCCUCAUAUUCUGUGUGAACGUAGUAAUGGAUUGUUCCUCAAACAGUCCUCCUCAGAAGUUAAAAUCCGCUCCUUCUGUAUGUCUUCAUUUAACAGGCCCUGAAUGAAUGAAUGAAUGCAUUGUUUCAGGAAUGCUGAGUAUCUUAGCUAUCAAAAAAAAACAAAAAAAAAGAAAACAUACAGAUCUUAUGUAUAUAUGUGAAUGUGUGUGUGUGAGCGUGCAUAGGUCUUCAUAUGCACUGUUGAUUUGAUGUCAUGUAAAGUCACCACUGACGACGUAAUUACUUAAGGCUUUGACUCAUAACAGCACAAACCAGCAUCCUGUUUCCUGAAGGAAAAUGAUGGCGGGGCUGUUAAAGGAGUCGUUUCACAUUAGGGAAUUUCGCUUAUUUGCUUUCUCUCUGAAUGUUAGAUAGGAGAGCGAUGCCACUGUCAUAUCUGUAUUCAGCAUGAAGCUAGAGCUUGCAGCUGUUUAGCUCAACUUAGUUUAUCUUAUAUGGAUGAGAGAGGAUACAACUAGCAUUUUAUCUUAAUUUGUUUGAGUCAUACAAAAACAAAGAUUAAAAAUGUUUUAAUGGUUUUACUGGUGGGGGGGUAAAGUAUGAGACCAUUUUUUUGGAUGGGAUUUGAGUCCUUUCUUCAUCAUGAGGUUUGCCAUGCAAAAACUCUGCGAAGGAACUGUGCAUGGCCAAGAAAUGGUCCCACAGAGUAUGGCGAGCUGUUUCCCCAUUUCCAGUACUAAUGCGAAGCUAAGUUGACCAGCUGCUGGCUCUAGCUUCAUAGUUAACAGCAGGUUAUGAGGAUGGUAUCAGUCUUCUCAUCUAACCCAAAUAAGCAUAAUUUCAAAAAUGUCAACAUACUCCUUUAAGAUCCUUUUAGGUAACAGAAGCUAGACAGACUUUACGCCAGAGUCUAGUUGUGUUUGAGCCCCAUUUCAUGCCCAAAAGAUCAGACUCCCAACAAUAACAACAAUUCAGUUUGGAUAUCUAACUGCAAUAACUGAAAUUAUCCCCAGCUCUAAGGCAUUGGCAUGUUUGAAAUUAGUCAUCAGUAUUUAACAGUACAAAACCCACGUGCUGUUGUUAACAGAUAUGCAUCUCUUCUCACCUCCUGUCACUCCUGGUCAAACACGACGUCGUGGCACCUCGGUCUUGACAGGAGAGACGAUUCAUUUUCCUGGCUCCUCCCCGACCGAUGCUCCCUUUUACUUUCUAUGCAAACUUUGUAACGUGGGAAACACAUUGACCUCUCUGCAGGCUGAGUCAGUGACGGGACGGGACACUUUAACGCUAUUAUAGGUAGACGACCAACCCCUGGUACCAAACUCCAAACACCUGUAAAUACUUAACACUAUAUUUAAGUUCUGAUAAUAAUCCCAGCUUUUUAUUGUCUUUGAAAUUUUAAAGAUAGAGCUGUAUUUAUCGUUGCUGUCAACAUAUACUGUAGCUUCAAUUGACAGCAUUAUGUACAUAGGUCACCUUUUAGUAUUAUUUCACAUUGAAAAGUAGAGGGCGUUUGUGAUGGAAAUGACUAUUGAGCUUCUAAUAGAGUUUCUCUCUAGUUUUGUACGGUAGAAGGAAGGAUAGUGCUAACACGGUACAGAAGUGGCAGUCCACUUGUUUCAAAAGUUUGAUAUAUAUAUGUAUAUGUGUGUGUGUGUGUAUAUAUAUGUAUGUAUAUAUAUAUAUACAUACAUAUAUAUAUACACAUCAUACAUGUAAAGCUGCUAGAUACAAUCACUAAUUUUAUCGUGUUGACAGAAAAAUCAGCUAUGAACGACUGUUAAACCCUAAUUCUCCAACAGCAUAUAACCACGACGCUGAGUUUUGAACUGUUCGACUGCUCUGUGUGAUGAAGUGGACACUUGUACAUGUGUGUGGGUGCGUGAGUGUUGCUAUGUACAUGCGUUUUUGUGUGGGUGUGUAUAUACGUGUUGGGUGCUGUAUGUACGAGUUGGCGUGCGGGGUUGGUGUGUAACCAAAUGUUUGGUUGGUUGUCAUAUUCUCCCAUUGUAAUUGGAUUGCCCUGCAUUUAUUGCAGGCUGAACCAAGGUUUGAUGAACCUGAUUAAAACUUGCUGGCUGAGAGGCAAAAUGUAGGACGUGCAUUUAUACAAAGUGUAGAGAAUGCUGAAAUAACACUUCUCAUUCUGCAUUAACCAGCACAGUGCAACUUCCUGUCAUGUACUGUAUUAUAUAUGCAACAUGUGUCUGUCUGCUUUAAUAUAUAUAUUUUUUUGACCUGCAUUAUAUAAGACUUCAGUUUUAACCACUUUGCUGCUAGUCUUUUAUCCUCUUUCAAUCUUGGAAAUUGUGCAUAUCUUUGGGAAUGCAUACAAGUGUACAUUCUUGACAUUGUGUAGAUUUAAAAGAAAAAAGAAAAGCUAUAUAAAUCUGUUUCUCUUCAGUGUAUUGUUUUAAAAAAGGUUACUUUUUCACAGCAGUUGAGUGGUUAUGUUUCAAUUCUCCGAUGCUUUCGUGCACUGAUGAUACUAUAUGUAAGCUUUUUUUCAUCUUACAGCGCUUGAUGUAACAUUUAUGUGAUUAGUUCUAAAUAGUGGAAGACAUUUGUGUUUUGAAACUUGCAGUAUAAAUGGUACUACUCUUAACUAUUCUGUAAACACUGCCUGUUUUCUUUCUUUUUCUUUCUUUCACUCUCUCUUUGUGCAUUUUUCUUUCCUGUGCAUUCUUUUGUUUUUCUCGAAGUUUCUUAGUGCCAUCGGCUUUCACAUCCUGACAACCUCAAAAAAGUGCCUCACGUCCAUCCUAGUUUCCAUUUUAUAAUUUAACAUCUCUCGUUCUGGUUCUAUUGGUUUCUUCACGUCUAGGUAUUUCUUCUCACGGUUCGAGAAUACCAAGUAUAUGAUGUAAAAUUUAUAGUCCCAAUAACUCAUGUCAUAGUUGUAUUUUCUUUAUACAGAUGUAGCUCGUUACUUUUCAUAAAUAUAUAAUGUAAAUAUGCAUACAUAUGUUUGUAACUGUUUUUAUGUUACAUCAUACACUUGUAAUUUGACAUAUCAAAUAACAUUAUCAUAAUAAAAUGGUGAGUUUUAAUCUUU